UGAGCACUGAAACAGGCACGUCAUUUCAUUCACCUCCUGAUCAAAUAUGGAUCUGCAAAUCUCAGUUUUUCUUCUGUUCAUCCUUUUCACUGCAGGACACUCUCUCAGCUGUUAUGAGUGCAGGUUCAAUCUGACGGGUUCUUGUGCAAAUCAAAAUGAAAAAACAUGUCCCAGUGGAUUUUCCAAGUGUAUGAGUACAACAACAGAGGUAAAAGUUGGUGGCAUUAAUGCUAAAGUGAAGGCUAAAGACUGUGCUGUUGACUGUGUAAGUGGGUCCAUGAACCUCGGCACUGCAAAGACAUCUUUAGCGUGCUGUAACACAGACCGGUGUAACGUCCAAGACGCUCCAGAUCCCAGCACUAGCGCCCCCAAUGGAAAGACUUGUUACUCUUGUGAUGAGAAGAGCUGCUCAAACAUAUUGAGCUGUUCAGGAAGUGAAGACCGCUGCUUUAAGGCAACAGGCACUAUCGGUGGCCAGUCAACAGUUGUAAAAGGCUGUCUCUCUAAAUCUAUCUGUGAUGCUGAAACUUCGGUUAGAGAUGUUCAGAGUGCCUCAUGCUGUGAGGGGAACCUGUGUAACAGUGCUGAGAGCGUCACUCAGAGCUUCCUGUUCCUCUGCUGUUCUCUGCUCUCCUUCAUCCUGCUGCACUGAAUCCAGCAGCUCUUCACAUUCUACACUGAGACACACUGUACUGAAUGUAGAGCUUGUACUUUCUCUGUAUCUGUGCAUAUUUGGUGUGUGAUUUUUUUUUUUGCUGUGACAUUCUGAUGUGACAUUUUAUGAAUUAAAACAAUUUAUACAGCCCAUCAUGCUGUAAAAAAG